CGGUCUGUUAGUCUUGAACUUUUAAAAAGAGGGCCAAGGAUUCACCAUUCAAGACUCACUUUCCAGGGGCUCUUUCUAAACUGAGAAGAGAAGGAAAAGGAAGAAAGGCAGGAAAAAGGAAGAAUGAAUUCAACCAAAUCGCCUGCAUCCCACCACACAGAGAGAGGAUGCUUCAAAAACUCCCAAGUGCUCUCCUGGACGAUAGCCGGGGCCUCCAUCCUGUUUCUCAGUGGCUGUUUCAUCACCAGAUGUGUCGUAACAUAUCGCAGCUCUCAAAUUUCCGGGCAGAACUUACAGCCACAUAGAAAUAUUAAGGAGCUUUCCUGCUACAGUGAGGCAUCAGGUUCAGUCAAGAAUUGCUGUCCUUUGAACUGGAAACAUUAUCAAUCUAGUUGUUAUUUUUUCUCUACGACAACCUUGACCUGGUCAUCAAGUUUAAAGAAUUGCUCAGACAUGGGGGCUCACCUGGUGGUUAUCGACACACAGGAAGAGCAGGAAUUCCUUUUUCGCACAAAACCUAAAAGGAAAGAGUUUUAUAUUGGACUGACAGACCAGGUGGUGGAGGGUCAGUGGCAAUGGGUGGAUGAUACACCUUUCACAGAGUCCCUGAGCUUCUGGGAUGCUGGGGAGCCCAACAAUAUAGUUUUGGUGGAGGACUGUGCCACCAUAAGGGACUCUUCAAACUCCAGGAAGAACUGGAAUGAUAUACCCUGUUUCUACAGUAUGCCUUGGAUUUGUGAGAUGCCAGAAAUAAGUCCUCUGGACUAAGUGCAAGGAAAUACAAGGGACAUGGCUUACAUGCAUGAAGAAGAACAAGAGUGAAUGUAAUAACAACCAAAAUCCAACAUAAGAAAAUAUCUAUCAGGCAUCAGAAGGACUGCACAUGUAUGUAUUACUGGGACAUAAGUAAAAUGACUUGUUCCCAUUGCUAAAAGUCCACAGCAUUGUCUGAUGGUCUUGCCAUAACCUGAAAGACCUCUUUUUAGACUGUACAGAUCAAUUCUCUAACAAAUGCAACAAGAAGAAAGGGAUUCUCCUUUUCACAUCUGUCUUGCACAUCUGUCUUGCUCAUGAGAAUUGAUAUGAAGGAACAGGUAGAAAGCAGAUGUCUGUAUAAAGAGACUUUAAUGGUCACUAUGUCAUCCUGUUCUUUCUACAUCCUUGGGUCUAGCUUAUCUAUCUAUCAGUACAUAGAUCACUUCUGUGUUCUCCAACAGUGAGGAAGAUGCAUCUUUGAGUCUUUAAACUUACCUGCCGCUUGGGAGAAUGGCAUGGCCUUCAGCAAGGACAUCUCCAUAUGGAAAGGCCGGUCAAACUUCAGUUCCUAACAGAUUGUGAUCUAGUCCACUCUUCCUGGAGCCCCAUUUUCUCUGUGUUCUCUUCUAUAAACUGGAUUUCACCUGUACUUGUAUCUACUGCGCAAGUAGAACCUGCUCAGUAGGUUCAAAGUGAAAUUAUUUAAAAAUUCAUGUUCACAUUUUUCUGUCUCAGGACUGCAUUUAUUGCAUGAUAUUCUGUCAAUAUAGACCAUGUUUCUUCCAGACAAAGCCCUAAAGGAACCUUCAGCAGCAGUCACACAUUGUAAUAAACAUGUAUCCUUGAGUAGGAAAAUUAAACUAAAUAAAUUAAUUUGACAUAUUAGCACUCAUUACGAGCACUUCUAUUAGACUUUCUCACAAUCUGAUUUUGAAAUUGAUAACCUUAUUUUAAAUACAAAUAUAUCUUACAACCACACAUUUGACUUCUCUUUUUAAAAUUAUUUUUGUUUGAAAAUUUUGUGCAUUUAUAUAAUUCACUUUUAAUGAACCCAUCCUUACUCUCCUCACUACAACCUGCUCCUAUCCACCUCACUGAUUUUCCCUCCCAAUUUCAUGUGCUCCUCUUUGUUUUAAACCCACUCUAUCUGCUCAGUGCUUCCUGAAUGCACUUGAGUAUAAGGCUUUCUACUGGACCAUAGCCUCUCGGCAACCACAUCCCACACUCCACCUGCUCCAGCAGGCAACAAUAGCCAAUUGACCAUCCUCAGCUGAGGAUGGAAUUUCAUGAGCUCCAUGCCAUUCAUGCUGGAAUUUGGGUUGUUUUAUGUUACCUUUAUUAUAUUGUGCUAUCUCUUCUGUAUCCCUAGAAUCUCUAGGAGCUUCAUAUUAAAAGAUUCUGAAUUCCAUCAAAGGGCACACAAAGAAAUCACAAAGACCAUGUGGUUUCUGUCCUUGGGUUUAUUUGCAUGGUUCAUUACACUCCUUGACUUGUAUAUAUUGUGACAUCCCUCCAUCUCUAGGAUGAAACUGAAGUGAUCAUGAUAGAUAACUUUUGGAUCUUUUCACUUUUCUAUUGCUGUGAUGAAACAUGAGCCAAAACUAUCUUGGGCCGGGAAAAUUUUAAUUUAUCUUAACAUAAAUUUCCUAUUUAGAAAUUGGACAGGUGGGGAAUCAUCCAAUUGAAACUCGAAAAAUGUAGUGUUUUGUACAUUAGGUUACAGAAAAACAACUUUAGCCACAAAAAUAAAGUAAUAAACUAUU